UCCUAUUGCUCAAUUCAGUCAAAAAAAAAAAAAAGUCCUGUGGCUCAAUGCCAUGUGGGCCCCUCCUUUGCACUACCUUAUGAUCACUCACCUCAUUUGAUAUCUUUGACAUUCAUCAUUUUGUGGCAACAAUAAAGUGUGAUCCCUCCUUUAAUUCCCUCUUUUUUUUAUCAGUGUUCAUGUUGGCAAAACUAUAACUCUGUAAUCCUGAGUUUGGUCGUACGUAGGUAAGCAAAGUCUGGCUAAAGAUUGUUCAAACUUAGGUUCUGUAGAACAGUUUGUCCUCUGGAGUUCAUUAACCACUUGAUAUCAAUUACUUGAUUAUAUUAGUAAUACUAUUUAGAAUUUAAGGACUAUUUUGCAAUAUUUUGUUUCUGUUUUUGUUGAAAUGUUAUUGAAAUGUUUCUCUAUUGUGAUUUUACUUCAAGAAAGGCUUGACUAGGUGUAUUUUCCUUGGAGAUCAAAGGGGUUUCCAUGUUGCCCCCAAAUUCUAGGAGGUCUCCUCUGAAAAUAUUGAUGAGGUGGUUCAUAUUCCUUGUUGUCUUGAAACUCAGUUUUGCAAUCAAAGAUCCUGACAUAGAAGGUGAAGCUCUGCUUGAUCUUUUGAAUUACCUCAAUGAUUCCAAUAAUCAAAUAAAUGAUUGGGAUAGUCAUUUAGUGAGCCCUUGUUUCAGUUGGUCACAUGUAACUUGUAAAAAUGGACAUGUCAUAUCUCUGACCCUAGCUUCCAUUGGAUUUACUGGAACACUUUCACCCUCAAUUACCAGAUUGAAAUAUUUGGUUAACUUGGAAUUGCAGAACAACAAUAUUUCCGGCCCUUUACCUGAUUACAUUGCCAACUUGACAUACCUACAAUAUCUAAAUCUGGCUAAUAAUAAUUUUAAUGGUUCUGUACCACUUAUAUGGAGUCAACUAUCCAGUCUCAAGAAUGUGGAUCUGUCAUCUAAUGGUCUUACUGGAACUAUCCCAACACAACUCUUUUCAGUUCCAAUGUUUAACUUUUCAGAUACGCACCUUGGUUGCGGCUCUAGCUUCAAGCAGCCUUGUAGUUCUAAAUCUGAUCAUCCAGUUUCAACCAAAAAAUCGAAAGUGGCAAAAGCCGUGCGUUAUGCGAGUUAUGGUGCAUUUGCACUUUUGAUUCUUGGGGCCAUCUUUACAUAUAGACACUAUCAAAAGCAAAGAUACAAAAGUGAUGUCUUUGUUGAUGUUUUAGGUGAAGAUGAGACCAAAAUUUCUUUUGGCCAACUAAGAAAGUUUUCUUUGCGCGAACUCCAACUUGCAACUAAAAAUUUCAGUGAAAGCAAUGUAAUUGGCCAAGGUGGUUUUGGAAAAGUGUAUAGAGGACUGCUCUCAGAUAACACAAAAGUUGCUGUGAAACGCCUCACCGAUUAUCAUAAUCCUGGUGGCGAGGCUGCGUUCGAGAGAGAAGUUCAUCUCAUUAGUGUCGCGGUUCAUAGAAACCUCCUAAGACUAAUUGGGUUCUGUACAACCUCAACUGAAAGAAUCCUUGUAUAUCCUUUCAUGGAAAAUCUAAGUGUAGCAUAUCGAUUAAGAGAUUUGAAAUCCGAUGACAAAGGCUUGGAUUGGCCAACAAGGAAGCGUGUGGCUUUCGGUACAGCGCAUGGUUUGGAAUAUCUACACGAGCAAUGCAAUCCGAAGAUAAUUCACCGUGAUCUAAAGGCUGCAAAUAUCCUUUUAGAUGACGAGUUUGAACCUGUUUUAGGUGAUUUUGGACUAGCCAAGCUAGUCGAUGUAAGGAUGAGUCAUGUUACCACUCAAGUGCGAGGUACAAUGGGUCACAUUGCCCCGGAAUAUUUGUCAACUGGAAAAUCAUCAGAGAAGACAGAUGUUUUUGGAUAUGGCAUAACACUUCUAGAACUUAUCACCGGUCAACGCGCAAUUGACCUCUCUCGGCUUGAAGAGGAGGAAGAUGUUCUUCUCAUUGAUCAUGUAAAAAAUCUACUAAGAGAAAAUAGAGUGGAGGACAUAGUGGACAGCAAUUUGGAGACUUUUGAUCCUAAAGAAGUUGAAACCAUUCUUCAAGUUGCAUUACUUUGCACACAAGCCUAUCCAGAGGAUCGUCCGACAAUGUCAGAAGUGGUAAAAAUGUUGCUAGGAGUCGGAUUAGCAGAUAGAUGGGCCGACUGGAAGCAACUUGAAGAAACUAGAAAUGAAGAAAUAGAAUUAUCACUCAUGACUCACCAAUUUCCUUGGAGUGAUGAAUCUACUCUUGAUCAAGAAGCUAUACAACUUUCAAGAGCAAGAUAGGUACAACAUAAACUACUGAAGUCAAUUUUGAAAAUGUUGGUGCUUGUUAUCAUAGAAUAUAUAUAUGUACUUUCAUUAUGCUCUAAAGAAAAAGGGCAUAUGUACCUUAAUUAAAGUCUGUUAUAUAUAGUGAUGAAUAUCUUAUAUGUAUUCAUAUACAGUGUAGAAUGUAAAAGAAAGGAAAGAGAGGGGGUUUGAUACAGAUAAUAUGUUGUAUUUGAAUAGAGGUGAAGAUUCAGGUUGCAAUAUAUCAUAUAUAUGUGUAUCAAAA